GGGCUGCCGGUGCUUCCCAGGAGGGUCAGAGCGGUCCCUGUCUUCGCAGCAAUGUUUCAGCCAGAAGGUGUAGGGCGGGAUCCAGCGAUAGCUGAUCAGCUUCCCUGGAUUUCGCUGACGCCACAGGAAAGCUUUGCCUGAAGAUGGAAACACUGGAGUCGGAACUGACCUGCCCUAUCUGUCUGGAGCUGUUUGAAGACCCGCUGCUGCUGCCUUGCGCUCACAGUCUCUGCUUCAACUGCGCGCACCGCAUCCUGGUCUCCCACUGCGCCACCAACGAGCCAGUGGAGUCAAUCACCGCCUUCCAGUGCCCGACCUGCCGCUAUGUCAUCACCCUCAGCCAGCGCGGUCUAGACGGGCUCAAGCGCAACGUCACCCUGCAGAACAUCAUCGACAGGUUUCAGAAAGCCUCAGUCAGUGGGCCUAAUUCCCCCAGCGAGACCCGCCGGGAGCGGGCAUUCGAUAGCAACAGCAUGUCGUCUUGCGAGAAGGUCCUCUGCCAGUUCUGCGACCAGGACCCUGCCCAGGAGGCAGUGAAAACCUGCGUUACCUGCGAGGUAUCCUACUGUGAGGAGUGUCUGAAAGCCACUCACCCCAACAAGAAGCCAUUCACUGGCCACCGUCUCAUCGAGCCUAUCCCGGACUCUCACAUCAGAGGAUUAAUGUGCUUGGAGCACGAGGAUGAGAAAGUGAACAUGUACUGCGUGACUGAUGACCAGUUAAUCUGUGCCUUGUGUAAACUGGUCGGACGACACCGUGACCAUCAGGUGGCAGCUUUAAGUGAGCGCUAUGACAAGCUAAAGCAAAACUUGGAAAGUAACCUCACCAGCCUUAUUAAGAGGAAUACUGAACUGGAAACUCUUUUGGCGAAACUCAUUCAGACCUGUCAACAUGUAGAAGUAAAUGCAUCCCGCCAAGAAACAAAGCUGAUGGAAGAAUGUGACCAGCUCAUCGAAAUAAUACAGCAAAGACGACAAAUAAUUGGAACCAAAAUCAAGGAAGGAAAGGUGGUGAGGUUGAGAAAACUGGCUCAGCAGAUUGCGAACUGCAAACAGUGCAUUGAGCGCUCGACAUCCCUCAUCUCUCAGGCUGAACAGUCGCUGAAGGAGAACGAUCACGCUCGCUUCCUGCAAACGGCUAAAAAUAUCACUGAAAGGGUUUCCAUGGCAACUGCAUCCUCCCAGGUUCUAAUUCCUGAAAUUAAUCUCAACGAUACCUUUGAUACUUUCGCACUUGAUUUUACCAGGGAGAAGAAAUUGUUGGAAUGCCUUGAUUACCUUACAGCUCCCAACCCACCCACCAUUCGAGAAGAGCUCUGUACAGCUUCUUAUGAUACCAUUACUGUCCACUGGACAUCGGAUGAUGAGUUCAGCGUGGUCUCUUACGAGCUGCAAUACACCAUCUUCACCGGACAAGCUAAUGUUGUUAGUUUAUGCAACUCUGCCGACAGCUGGAUGAUUGUUCCCAAUAUCAAACAAAACCACUACACAGUGCAUGGGUUACAGAGUGGCACUAAGUACAUCUUCAUCGUUAAGGCCAUUAAUCAGGCAGGCAGCAGGAGCAGCGAACCCGGCAAGCUCAAGACAAACAGUCAGCCAUUUAAACUGGACCCCAAAUCUGCGCACAGAAAAUUGAAAGUGUCUCAUGAUAACUUGACAGUGGAACGUGAUGAAACAUCCUCCAAAAAGAGUCAUACACCAGAGCGAUUCACCAGCCAGGGGAGCUAUGGAGUUGCUGGCAACGUGUUCAUUGACAGCGGGAGGCAUUACUGGGAGGUGGUUAUAAGCGGGAGUACGUGGUAUGCCAUUGGCAUUUCCUACAAGUCGGCACCGAAGCAUGAGUGGAUCGGGAAGAAUUCCGCCUCCUGGGUGCUUUGCCGCUGCAAUAACACGUGGGUGGUGCGACACAACAGCAAAGAAAUCCCCAUCGAGCCCGCUCCUCAUCUCCGGCGUGUCGGGAUUUUGCUGGACUAUGACAACGGCUCCCUUGCUUUUUACGAUGCUUUGAACUCCCUACACCUUUACACUUUUGACAUUACAUUUGGGCAGCCAGUGUGCCCCACGUUCACUGUGUGGAAUAAGUGUUUGACCAUUAUAACCGGCUUGCCUAUCCCUGACCACCUAGACUCCUCCGAGCAGCUCGCAUGACUGCUAAGAGCCAAAAGGUAGGAUGAUGUGUAUUCCCAGGAGCUUGCCCGGAGCUGGCAGGUUGUGUGGCAUCCCUGUCAUCACUGACAAAUCUGGCCAGAACUGAAAAGGGGAGAGUAUCUCUUUGCUGUGUACUUUGUGUGGAAGGACAAGAAAUGGCUUUAAUAAUAUCUUAGAACUUCCUUUUGGAGUUGGUUUUGUUUGGUUGGUUUUGUAUUUAGUCUCUUACAGGAAGAUUUAUAAAUUAUUUAUAAAAAAAACAAACAACAAAAAAAAUAAAAUAAAAAAUUAAAAUUAAAAAAAAAAGAGAGAGAGAGAGAAUGGAAAGCCUGGUUUGGACACCUGGAAAAAGACUUAUUUGUUUUGCACAUUGAUGGUCCUGUCAAUUAAAGUUUCAUCAGCCCUUUACAUCACUUUAUUUUACAGUGGAUAAAAGCAGGAAAUUGGAAGAAAGAAAACUGUGCAGUGGACGAGUCAGUAUGCUGCAGGUUUUAUUCAUGCCAAUAUUAGCACUCUCAUUACCAGUCUUAUUGAGUGUGAGACCUCCUAAUUUCUACUUUGCACAUGGGAGUAUGCAGAUCAAAAAGAACAAAAAUAAACAAGUGAGGAAGUGCAGCUAGCCAACACAACAAACGAAGAAAUUUUAAUAUACUUCUGCUCACAGGGCACUGCUCUCUCUGUUCAUAAAACACAUGUGGAAUAUCUCCUAGAAAUGGGAGUGGAUAAAUCAUCUAGCGAUUUAUUUUACUGAUGGCAACAUUCCCAUAUACCAGCGCGUCGCCUUCAUCUUUGGGAAACAUUGUAGAAUCACUGAGGAUGUGAAAGAUUGAUACUGUAUCUGAGAAUCAACAACACUGGAGGAGAGCAGCCAACCCAAGGUCUGACUGUAGGCCAACUUGAUAAAGCAUGGUAUCAUUUAAGGAUUGAUUGCAAUAGAAGAUGUCACAGCUCUGAUGGUAGACAUGUGAAUGCUUAUUGCUGAUUUUACAAGGUUCAACAUAGCAAGCCCAGCCAACAACUCGGAAGUGAGACAUGUGCCACUUUACCAUUGGUUUUAAAUUAAAUACAAGUGUUUCAUGGUCCUACACUAUGUAGACUCUAUAACAAAAGCAAGGAAAUAGAUUUUCCAUGUGUUGUAUGGAGAAACAUUGCAGCUGGUGUUUGGUCAGAGUUAUCAUUGUCCUGGUCUGUUUGGGAAAGCACAGUGUUUUUUGUGAAUGAGGAGUAAGUAAGUUUUCAGCAGCAGUAGGAAUCUGCACGGGCUGGCCCCACAUUCAUCCUGGUGUUGGUGGGUGAACUUCAGUGAAGGUAAUACAGGUUGUACCUACUUUAUCUCAAUGCUGAAUC